AUGCCCUCGUCAGCCUUCUCGGCGAAAGGCAUUGGCUCCGGCCGGUUGGACAUCAUUGGCCUGGCUGGUGAUCAGCUUGCCACACAGCCUUCACCAUUUAAUGCUUUCGAUCCAGAAAAAAAUGGCUACAUCAAUACUGCCAUGGUUGGUACGAUUCUUAGUAUGUUGGGUCCUCAACUUGACGAUGCUACUCUGGCUGACAUUAUUGCUGAAGUCGAUGAAGAUGGAUCGGGUCAAAUUGAAUUUGAAGAAGGAAAUGGCUAUAUCACAACUGAUGUUCUGCGAGAAAUUCUGCGAGAACUAGAUGAUAAAUUGACCAAUGACGAUCUAGACAUGAUGAUUGAGGAAAUCGAUUCCGACGGAUCAGGAACCGUUGAUUUCGAUGAAUUCAUGCCAGUAAUGACUGGUGGCGAUGAUUGA